AUUACUUACUCUCAAAAUCUGAAUUCGGUUCGAUAUUGAUAAGGCCCCUCCCAUUAAAGCAAGGCUCCUCUCUCUCUCUCUCUCUCUCUCUCAUCAGUAAAAGUUUCCAGCUACUUUAUUUCUGUCUGGCCGGAAUCGUGAAUCAUGAAUUCUCUUGACGGAGUUUGACUUCUCAUGUUUGAUGAUGAUUGACGAUGACGGCGGCGGCGGCGGUGGUUUCUGGGAUUCAGCUCAGUUAAUUUAAAUUGACUUUUUCUUUCUGAAUUUGCUGCAACGAUUCUGUUUUAGUUCCGGUUAUUCGACAAAAUUAAUCGAAAGCAUACUAAGGAGUCAUGAAGAGACGACUAAUACAUCAAAUCAACCAUCCUUUCGGUCCACAUCCUUUCGAGACUUUUCGAUCCGAUUCAUGGAAACCAGUGGAGCGCUUAAAAAUUAAUAACGGAGGCAUCUCAGCACAAAUUCUCGAUAAUGGUGAGCUCAUCGAGGAAGACAUUGCCACAUCAGAUCUUCGUGUACGAUCAAGAAAAGCCACACCCUCCGACUGCACAUCCUUUUUAAGACCGGGAGUUGAUUUCUGUCUGCUCGUUAAAUCCGACAGCUCCGAUAAUAAAAAUAACGAGGUCUCGAUCGAUGCGAAAAUAAGAUCAAUCAAGAGAAAACCGCACGAAGCUGCGUGCGACUGCGAGUUCUACAUAAGUCUGUACCUCGAGCAAGGCCCCGAUCUUAUUUGGUCAGAAAAGAAACUAAGUAAAGAAACGAGCAUGGUGAAGAUCGAUCGAAUUUCCAUUCUCCAAAAGCUCGAAAUGAAACCGUGCGAGGAGGGUCAAUAUUAUUACCGUUGGAGCUUCACCGAGGACUGUUCUACCCUCCAAAAAUUCAAAUUAUUUUGCGGAAGGUUUUGCAACGAUCUCUCGUGGCUCGCUGUUUCGUCCAUUCUGAAGAAAACCGCCUUCGACAUAAGAACGAUAAACAGCCACCUCUGUUACGAGGUUUCCGAAUAUAACCCCACUGAAGAAGGUCAAACAGCAGAUCCUCCUAGUGACUACACUCACACUGUCAAUUUCAAGAUGGAAAAUGACGUAUUUACCCCCGUUAUCGUGAAGUUGGCUCUAAACACCCUUCCGGAAGGUUCUUCUUCCGCUGGGCUUGAAUUAGGGUUCUUGAAUUCCGACGAUUUUAUGGAGCUGAGGAGGUCGAAACGGAGAAAUAUCCAACCCGAGCGUUAUCUAGCCUGUGAUAAUCUUCCCGAUUACGAAAUCGAAGUGACUCGAUUAGGAGAAAACAAGACGUAUAAAUCGGAAUUUGACGAAGUUUUAUCGGACAGCGAUGCGAGCGAAGAGGAGACGCACAUGUCAUUAUCCGUUCAAGCCGAUAACGACUACAUGCAAUUUGGAUCAAGAACAUCCGGUUCGAAUAGUAGCAAUAAGAAAAUGAAAAAAAGCAAAAAAUCGGGAAUUUCGGGUAAAGGGUCGAAGGAAAACGGGCUCGCCGUAGUCUCUAAACACACUUCUUCCGAAAAGGGUUCGGUUUUUAUCGACAAGAGUAUUCUGAACUACAAAGUCGUCGAGAACGACGAUCAAGAAUCCGGAGAUAUCGAGCAAAUGGUUUCGAAAUACUUUUACAUGAACAACCCCCCCUCGUCGAGUAAGAAGAAAACGUCCGAUCUCGACUUUAUGGACAACGGGCGCAAAGACGAUCCGAGAGGGUCUCGUAGGAACUAUAACAGAACGGGCAGCCAUUCGGGCAGUUCGAAGAGGGAUUGCUUUUAUGUAAGGGAUAGCACGUACGAUGUUAGAAGCUUCCGGAAGGGAUCCGUAACUGCGCAGCUGUGCAGGGAAUUGAUUAGAAGGUGUAUGAACAAUAUCGAAGCGACUCUCGAUAAUGAACCGGUGCAGCCCCCUGUGGUCGAUCACUGGAAAGAACUGCAGGCGAAGAAGGAUGCGAGUAGAAACGAAUCUGCGGCGGAAGAGAAACCGACGACGGUGAACGGUGGUGAAGAAGAAGAGGUGUCGGAAAUCGAUAUGUUGUGGAAAGAAAUGGAACUUGCCCUUGUGUCUUUGUACUUGCAAGACGACAAUGAGGAUUCUGCUCGUGUUCAACAACCCAAUGUUGAAGCGGAAAAAUCAAAUAAAAAUGAGGAAAAUAAAUGCGCACACGAUUUCAUACUCAACGAACAAGUCGGAACCGUUUGCCGGUUAUGCGGAUUUGUGGAGACGGAAAUAAAGGACAUCCUGCCCCCAUUCGUGGCAACAACACAUUCAACUGGAAACAAGGAUCAAAGAACCGAAGAAGAUUCCGAGCAAAACAACGCCGAAGACCAAGAAUUCGGGCGUUUCCACAUCACCUCGACCCCCGCACCCGCCCCCUCAACCGCCUUCACACAAGGCGAAAACAACGUGUGGGCCCUAAUACCCGAGCUAAAAGACAAACUCCUCGUCCACCAAAAGAAGGCCUUCGAAUUCCUCUGGCGGAACAUAGCCGGUUCUCUAACACCCUCUCGAAUGGAGGACAAGAAAAAGAAGAGGGGCGGAUGCGUGAUUUCACACUCCCCCGGGGCGGGCAAGACGCUCCUCAUAAUCGCCUUCCUUGUCAGCUACCUAAAGCUCUUCCCCAAUUCAAGACCUUUGGUGCUCGCGCCAAAGACGACCUUGUACACGUGGUACAAGGAAAUAAUCAAAUGGAAGGUUCCGAUUCCGGUCUACCAAAUCCACGGCGGUCAAACGUACAAAGGCGAAGUGUUGAAGCAAAGAAUGAAACUCUCCCCGGGCCUACCUAGAAACCAAGACGUAAUGCAUGUGCUCGAUUGCUUGGAGAAGAUGCAGAGGUGGCUUUCCCACCCGAGCAUUCUUCUCAUGGGGUACACUUCCUUUUUAACCCUAACGCGCGAAGACUCGCCCUACGCGCAUCGUAAAUACAUGGCGAAAUUGCUCAAGAAUUGCCCCGGAAUUUUGAUACUAGACGAAGGGCAUAACCCUAGGAGCACUAAAUCAAGGCUUCGAAAGGGUUUAAUGAAGGUCAAUACGAGGCUUAGGGUUUUACUAUCCGGAACCCUAUUUCAGAACAACUUCGGUGAGUACUUCAACACACUCUGCCUUGCGAGGCCGGUUUUCGUCAACGAGGUUCUGAAAAAGCUCGAUCCGAAAUACGAGAAGAGGAACAAACAGAGACAAACGCAGUUCUCGCUCGAGAAUCGAGGGAGGAAGCUUCUAAUAGACAAGAUUUCGAAGAAGAUCGACUCGAAUAUAGGUCAAGAAAGAUCGGAGGCUCUCAAAACCCUAAGGAAGCUUACGAGCAAGUUCAUUGAUGUUUACGAGGGCGGAGCCUCGGACGGACUACCGGGUUUACAAUGCUACACGCUAAUGAUGAAAUCGACUAAUCUCCAACAAGACAUCCUCUCGAAAAUGCAAAAUCGGAGGCUCGUGUAUAAAGGGUUCCCGUUGGAAUUAGAGUUGCUGAUCACACUCGGCGCGAUUCAUCCGUGGUUGAUUACUACUACAUUGUGCUCCGGCCAGUACUUAACCCCUGAAGAACUAACCGAUCUCGAGAAUUUCAAAUUCGAUUUGAAAUGCGGUUCGAAGGUUCGAUUCGUGAUGAACCUCAUACCAAGAUGUUUACUAAGAAACGAGAAGGUUUUGAUAUUCUGCCACAACAUUGCUCCGAUAAAUCUGUUCAUACAAAUAUUCGAGCGGUUCUACGGCUGGAAAAAGGGGAGGGAGGUUCUUGUUCUGCAAGGCGAUAUUGAGCUGUUCGAGAGGGGUAGGGUUAUGGACAUGUUCGAGGAGCCGGGGGGCCCUUCGAAGGUGAUGCUGGCUUCGAUCACGGCGUGCGCGGAGGGGAUAAGCUUGACGGCGGCGUCGAGGGUGAUCCUGCUGGACUCGGAGUGGAAUCCUUCGAAGAGCAAGCAGGCGGUGGCGCGCGCGUUCAGGCCGGGGCAGAACAAGGUGGUGUACGUGUACCAGCUGCUGGCGAACGGGACCCUGGAGGAGGAGAAGCACAGCCGGACGACGUGGAAGGAGUGGGUUUCCGAUAUGAUCUUCAGCGACGAGCAUGUCGAGGAUCCGUCGCACUGGCAGGCCCCGAAGAUCGAGGACGAGCUGUUGAGGGAGAUCGUCGAGGAGGAUAGGGCCGCGCUUUUUCACCGGAUUAUGAAGAACGAGAAGGCUUCGAACAAUGUGGUUCGUGGCAAAGGCUUGCUCAAGAAAAGUUGAUGCUCUUACUAUUUAUUGAGAUUUUUUUUAUUUUAUUUUUUUUUGAAUUUAGUAAAAUUUAUUUCCCCUGUUUUUUUUGGAGUGUUUUGAGUAGUGUUGUACUAUGUGUAAUGUACUAAUGUGUGUGUGUGAUAUUUUGAUGGUUAGACAUUAAAUUUUAUCUUGGAUUUUUGAAUUUUUCUGAACCGAAA